ACCAUGGAUAUGGAAGUCCAGUACAAACCUGGAAAGAUAAGUAUCCCUAAAAGAUCCAUCUUUUCAGGAACAAAGGCAUUUGAGAAUAUAGAUUUCCCACACUACUGUGAUCUCUUAAGACAAAUGAACAUGCCUUUUGUGAAAGGAUUUGAGGACAGACAUGACUAUGGCAGAUUUGAAAAGAAAUGCAGUCCUACCUGUCUUAAAUUUCAUCCUUACCCCCCUUCUGUCCUACCAGACUACCAUUUGCAUUACCCCUACCCCCCACCGUAUGGGCCAGAUUAUCCAUUAUUUCCUCUUCGGGAUGAUGUGCCUUUGGUUGAUCCCUGUUCAGGGUUUAUAAGUCCGGGUUGUGAUGCUGAUUUAAAGCCUGGCAUUGGCAGAACCAUACCAAGCCUGGUAGAUUACAGUGAUGUGAAACCUCAAAAUCGAGUUCCUAGACCAGGCACAGGAUUUCAGACAACAAUAAAAAGGCAGAUGAUUCUAUCAGAAGAAAUGCAACAGGACAGGAGGUGGAAUUCCAGGCAAAUACCAGACAUUUCCAUCAGAGCAAGACUUGGAGGUUGGACAAGUCCAUUGAAAGUUCCACCUUUACCACCUCAUCACGAAGGAUGCUCAAUAAAUCAUGCAUAUACUUUUGAUGAGAGUGCAGCACGUACACAUGAUGGUGAGACACUUGUCCAACCAAACAAGAAAUAUAAUGCAAAGGAUUCAUUUUACAAGUCUUCUACACAAAAAGCAUAUGAAGUUGUUCCUUGGGACAAGAUGCUACCACCAAAACUUGAUCCAGAAGAAACAACAGUAGAAAAAGCUGCUGACCUCAUCUCACCGAGUUUUACACUGAAAAGAUACAAAAAAGUGCCAGCCAUAACUCAGAUGGUCGGUGGGCUCUGGGACAGAUUUCAGACAAGGUCAUUCUCAACACCAGUCAGACCAGUCAACUUUGUGAGUUCAAGUUCCAGAAGUAAAUACAUUCCUUUCUAUACUGGUCACAUGCAGACAACAAAUGUAGAUGACAUUGACAACCGUUUUGGAGACAUAACAUCCCUAGCCAAGCCUCGCCACUCUAAACUGCUUUAUACAAACACAAGUCGUGCUGCAAAUAUUCCAGGAUACACUGGCAAGGUUCACUUCACAGCCACCCACCCAGCAAAUUCUAAUAUUCCACCAGCAAUCCCAUCAGACGAUUCAGAACUGAACUGCAUCUUAUGGGAAGAAAUGGGAACUGACCUCUUCCGUCACCAGGCACCACUGUCCCGAAUGGUCACCACUGUGAAACCCUACAACCCUUUCAACAGGAAGGAAAAAGAAACUAUAGACUACUGA